CAAAAAGCAAUUUAAAAAUUGAACAUUUCCAUUCUUCUAAAUACAACACAUUUCCGGAAGAGAGUUCAGCAGCCAAAUAGUCAAUUCGGCCAUUAAGAUGAAAAAUAAGACAAAGAAUGGAAACCUUCGCUGCAUUGUUCCGAAUUGUGCCGAAAGUGGCCACCAGGACAAGCGCUCCAUGUACAAGUUUCCGGUUAAUCCGGUUAUCCGAACCAAGUGGACGGAGAACAUUGGCCUCGCGAAGCAUCAGAACCUCUACAAUCAGCGGGUGUGCCGUCGUCACUUCGAGACGCAGUGCUUCGGCAAGGCCAAGGUGUUCUCCUGGGCAGUUCCCACACUGUUUUUGGGUAAAAACGAGGUGCGGCAUCACAGCGUUCCCACGACAAGGAAGUCCUUUGUGCGCAAGUGCAGCGUCAAGAACUGUCCGUCUCGCUCCCCGCCAGACAGGUUGCACUUCUUUCCCUCGGAUCCGCGGCUCAGGCAGGAGUGGCUCGACACAUGUCGUCUCACGGGCGACAACAAGUGGCUGUUUAUUUGCGGCCGGCACUUCCGCCGGAGCUUGCUGCCCAACAGAAAUAGCAACCUGCCUAAGGACUGCAAGCCCGAGUUCUUUUUGGGCCUGGAAGAAGAAGAUCCUCUGGAAGAGCACGUCAAAAGUGAGUUUGAACCCUUAAAGAAGCUGAACUUUAAGAGCGAGGACGAGGGCAUCGACGAGGAAUACUCCAAGGAGAGUAACCCACCCAAAUCUUGUGGAAACUGCAGUGAUCUGGAACAGCAGCUGGCAGCUGCCCUCCUUCGUAUCAAGGAGCUGGAGAAACAGCAAAAGGAUCUCCCUCACAGUGAGGAGGAAGAGGAAGACGAGUACAUCAUAGUGCUAAUGAAAUGA